AUGUCAGGGCGCGGUAAAGGUGGCAAAGGUCUUGGUAAGGGAGGCGCUAAACGUCAUCGUAAAGUUCUUCGCGAUAAUAUCCAAGGUAUAACGAAGCCUGCCAUACGUCGACUUGCGCGUCGUGGUGGUGUUAAACGAAUUUCUGGUUUAAUCUAUGAAGAAACCCGUGGUGUGCUGAAAGUAUUCCUUGAAAAUGUUAUCCGUGAUGCUGUUACAUAUUGCGAACAUGCGAAGAGGAAAACCGUCACUGCUAUGGACGUCGUCUAUGCAUUAAAACGUCAGGGCCGUACGCUUUACGGUUUUGGUGGUUAA